AUGAUACCGAAGAACAUCCCUCUCCUCUACCACAUUGUUUUCCUAGGAUGGGAACCGCUGUCCGCUAUCGGCGGCGGCCUGCAGCUACUCACCAAUCCCGCGGAUUUCGUCCACAACUUCGUCCCCCGAACUCUCACGACUCUUGACCCCUUACAAAAUAUCCUGACCAACGAGCUCGGAGCAGCAUAUAUCUCCGUUGGCGCCAUACAGGGACUCCUACUGACCAAUACCGAGGAUCUUCGCAUCUGGCGGCUUCUCAAUAUUUCCCUCCUUGUUGGGUGGGAUGCAGUCUUGAUGUAUUCAUACUGGCGCUCGCUCAGCGUGCAGAACAGACUGGAUUGGACGACAUGGCGGCCUUCGGACUGGGCCGCAAUUCUCAUUACGGGAUUCGUUGGAGCGACUCGCCUUGCGUUUGCAGCAGGGGUUGGAUUGACACGUGCGAAGGCGCAUGCGAAGCGCAGCAGCAAAGCCGACUAA